ACAGGCGAGGCAAAGCGGUUUGGCUGCCGCGCCGGAGGAGUAGCCAGUCGAUUCGAGAGAGUUGAGCUUCGUUGGCACGCGGGUUUUUGAAUCGGGUGCGGGGAAUACAUAUCGAAAGAGAGAGAGAGAAAGAGAAAGAGAGACAAGAGAGGAGAAGAAGAAUCAUGAAAGUGCUCCGUCAGGCGAGUUCCACUAGUACUGUCAGUGCAGUGAGCGCGAAACAAUUAUUAUAAAACACGGCUCUAUCCUGGCAAUCGUUUCUUGUGUUUGCAUUCGCAAAUUUUAAUAAAAGAAAAAAGAAGAAGAAAAAAAGGAACGUAAACAAAAAUAAUUAUCCUCGUUUCCUUGACUACCUUUGUCAGGAAAUAAAUAUAUAUACACUGAAAUAUAUAUAUACCUACUCACACAGGAACCCGGGACACGGGAGGAGCUCUCCUGUCCUAGGAUAUUCAUAAGGACAGGUAAAAAGAGCGCAAACGAGGAAAUUUCGAGAGCUAAAGGAAAAUGGGCCCUGAUCGAUGGGACUGUUCAUCAGACCCCGUGCAGGUGUCUAUUCAAUCUUCAAGGACGUGGGGCAGGUCUCGACAUCGUUUCUCGUGAUAAUCACGACCCAAAAAUCAUUUUUGGGGACACUUCGUUCAAUUCAGAAAACGACAACUUCAAGUGUGAUUUGCCCCACGUCCCAUCAUUGAUCAUUUUUUUCAAUAUCAACCAAAAAAAAAAUAAUUGUGUUUGUUAAAAAAAGUGCGAGAGUGAUUUUUAAUAAAAAGUAAAAAAAGUAAAAAAAUAAAAGAAGUAAAUAACGAAAAUAACGAAAAAAAGUAAAGAAAAAAUAGAAAAGAAGAAAAGAAGUGUGAAAAGGGUUUCUAAAGUGGUGGGGAUGUUAUGUGUUUUAUAGCGUGAAGUUUGUGCUAAGUUAUCAGUUACCCCUUCUCUUUUCAUCUCUCCCCCCACUCAACUUUCAACUUUUAUUCAAAAAAAAUAAGGAAUCAUGAAACUUGCGAGGAAUCGACAACCGGAACCGCUUUCACGGUUUUGCCGGUCUCUACUAAUUUUGCUACUAUUUUUUACUGAGGUUACUUAUUCAGCAGAUUUAGCCAUUGAAAUCCCGGGUAAUUUAAGUCAGGGUGGCGCAUGGUACCGACUGGAUUAUAAUCCAGGAAUUGGAUAUCCCCGACCAAAUACAACAAUUGCUGCCACUGAAAUUGGGGACGUUAUCUACUUCCGGGAUGGCCUUCCAGGGACUAAAUAUGAAUUUUGGCUUUACUAUAGUAAUGGAACUUUUCACGAUUGGCUCACAUGGACUGCCUCCAUAAUAACUCCUCCUGAUCCACCGUCGAACUUAUCAGUCUCAGUGCGUAAUGGAAAAUCGGCAAUCGUCUAUUGGGCACCGCCUGAAAAGGGAAACUACACGGGCUUUCGAUUGAGGGUGCAAAGUUUCAACGAUGCUGCUAAUCCAUGGACAAGAAUCAUCCCCUCGGACGCAGUGCCUUAUACACUCAAGGAUCUUACACCGGGAGCUACUUAUUCCCUUCAACUAUUCACCGUCUUAGAUUCAAAGGAGAGUGUCGCUUAUACCAGCAGAAAUUUCACUACCAAGCCGAACACUCCGGGAAAGUUCAUCGUGUGGUUUCGAAAUGAAACAACUUUAUUGGUCCUCUGGCAACCGCCUUAUCCGGCUGGGAUUUAUACGCAUUAUAAAGUCAGCAUUGAUCCUCCGGAUGCUAUCGAGCCAGUCCUUUAUGUUGAGACUGAAGGCGAACCUCCAGGUCCAGCACAAGCCGCUUUCAAGGGUCUUAUUCCCGGUAGAGCCUAUAAUAUUUCAGUGCAAACGGUCUCGGAAUAUGAGACCUCGGCACCGACGACGGCUCAAUAUCGUACAGUACCAUUGAGGCCAUUGAACGUGACCUUUGACAAAGCGUCAAUCACCUCAACAUCGUUUCGUGUCUAUUGGAAUCCUCCAAAUGGAACUUCUGAAUUUGACAAGUACCAAAUAACUCACGGUGGAAAUAGACGAUUCACUCCGGUCACGCGCAACAAGGACGAGGAAUGCCGAUGGGAAUUCAAAGAUUUAGAACCCGGCAAAACAUAUCAGGUUGUCGUGAAAACAAUUUCCGGCAAAGUCACCAGUUGGCCGGCUAGUGGCGAUGUUGUGCUCAAACCUUUGCCAGUUCGUGAUCUCCGGGCGGAAAUUGACGAAAGAACAUGGAUGGUAGAAGUCUCCUGGACGCCAGAGAAUUCCAGCACUCAGGACAGUUACAAACUCCAAUAUCACGAAGUCGAAUCAACAAUCGGCGGCGACAGCAACAGUCUAAUUACAGAUAAAACAAGAGUAACCCUGGAGGCACUGCUCCCAGGCAGGAACUAUUCAAUAAUUGUCCAAGCAAUAAGCAAUAAAGUCGAAUCAAAUGAAACAGUAUUAUAUCAAGCGACACGUCCCUCGAGUCCAAUAAUUGAGGAUUUAAAAUCAAUCGAGAAGGGUUUAAAUAUAUCGUGGAAGAGCGAUGUUAAUUCACGUCAGGAGAAAUUUGAAGUGACACAUAAUCGUAAUGAUACAGGUGAAAGUGCAACAACAUUAACAACCGAGUCACAUAUUGUACUUGAGGAUCUUUAUCCGGGUGCUGGUUAUGAGGUCAAGGUCUUUGCCAUCAGUCAUGGACUGAGAAGUGAACCUCAUGAUUAUUUCCAAGCAGUUUUACCCCAUCCGCCGAGGAAUUUGAGUGUCGAAAAAGUGUCAACAAAUACUGUGCUCGUACAUUGGGAGGCGCCGACAGACUCAAUAUUUUCCGAAUAUGCAAUCAGAUAUCGCACAGAAGACGAUCCACGAUGGGUGAAGCUUCCAAGCGUGAAAGAAACGGAAGCGGAAGUUGCUGACAUGACGCCUGGCGAAAGAUACACAAUUCAAGUGAAUACUAUCAGUUUUGGAGUGGAGAGUCUCUACCCUCUUCUUGUUAACCACACCGUUCGACCAAAUCCGGUAUUGAAUGUAAAUCCAGUCAUUGACUCGACAAACGUGACACUUGAGUGGCCAAGGCCCGAGGGAAGAAUCGAAUUUUACGCUAUGAAAUGGUGGCCCGUGGAUAAUCCGGAUGAUGUGAGAUUUAAAAAUGCAUCGGAAAGCAGUGAAAUUGCGGCAAUUGGUUAUGAUGAAAAUAUUAUUCAUACGGAGAGAAUUCUUAUCAGCGAUUUAAUGCCUGGGGUGAAAUAUUUUUUCAGUAUUUUCACUGUCUCUUAUGAUCUCGUCAGUGAUACUACAAAUUUAACAACCAGAACAAUGCCGCUGAUUCAAUCGGAAGUUGUCGUUGUUGUUGAUCGUGAUUUGCCGGAUUCGCUGACACUAAGAUACACGCCGACGCCAAUUUUGUCCUCUCGCUUUGAUAUGUAUCGAUUCCGCAUCAGCGACACUAUUAACACCACCAAGGAAAAAACUUUGACCGACGCCGACACAAAGGUGACUUUUGCCGGAUUGAUACCAGGUAGGCUGUACAAUGUGACCAUGUGGACCGUGAGCGAGAACGUCGAGAGUCGUCCCCUAUUCCGUCAAGAUCGUCUCUAUCCAGAGCCUGUGACGGCGAUUCAUGCAUUGGAAUUAAAUGACACAAAGAUAACAUUGACCUGGGACAUUCCACGUGGUGAAUACGAUGCCUUUGAAGUGCAAUACAUCAACACUGAGGGCAACUACGUACAGAAUAUAACGUCGGGAAAUGCAAUUACAAUAUCGGAUCUGAAGCCACAUAGAAAUUAUACAUUCACCCUUGUGGUCAGAUCGGGUACAGAAUCGAAUUAUCUGCGCAGGUCAAAUCCGAUCAGUGCCAGUUUCACGACCAGUGAAUCUUUUCCUGGGAGGGUUGAUAAAUUUAAUCCCACUGAUAUUCAACCAAGUGACAUCAGCUUCGAAUGGUCACUGCCGAGUCAAGAUCAAAAUGGAAUUAUACGCAAGUUCACCAUCGUUUAUGGCCUCGAGGGAUCGUCACAUUCCCAAACGAGGGACUUUAGACCUAGCGAAUUCCGUGGAAUUAUUAAGAAUCUAAUUCCGGGUAAGACGUACGUCUUUAAAAUUCUGGCGGAAACUAAAAUUGGCUUUGGUCCGGAGGCAACUUGGAAGCAAAAAAUGCCUAUUUUAGCACCACCGAAACCACCGACACAAGUUGUACCGACGGAAGUUUGUCGUAGCAGCACAACUAUUCAGAUACGAUUUAGGAAAAAUUAUUUUAGCGAUCAAAAUGGUGCUGUGAUGUCGUACACAAUUAUUGUCGCCGAAGAUGAUAGUAAAAAUGCUUCUGGUCUGGAAAUGCCAAGUUGGAGGGAUGUUCAAGCCUACAGUGUGUGGCCUCCUUACCAGAUUAUGGACCCUUACUUUCCGUUCAAGAAUGGAUCAGUUGAGGACUUCACUAUUGGAUCUGAAAAUUGCGACAAUAAACUUGGUUAUUGUAACGGCGCUCUUAAGUCGGGAUCAACUUAUCGAGUUAAAGUGAGAGCUUUCACUGCUCCUGAUAAGUUCACGGAUACCAGUUACAGUUUCGCAAUUCAAACAGGAUUGCUGCUGGCAGAUAAGGACAAUACGGCAAUAAUUGUGGGAAUAACAGUGCCAAUUGUUUUGCUACUGGCUCUACUUGGAAUCGGAUUGAUUGUCAGGAGGCGACGGAAUCAGGGGAGAAAAACGACCGAGACACGAGCUACUGAUGAUCUUUCGUUGCCUGACAGUGUUAUCGAAACGAGUCGACCAAUUCGAGUGGAGAACUUUGCGGAGCAUUAUCGAAUAAUGUCAGCGGAUUCGGACUUUCGAUUUUCGGAGGAAUUCGAAGAAUUGAAACAUGUGGGUAGGGAUCAACCGUGCAGCGCUGCCGAUUUGCCCUGCAAUCGACCAAAGAAUCGUUUUACGAAUAUUUUACCCUACGAUCAUAGCAGAUUUAAAUUACAACCCGUGGACGAUGAGGAGGGUUCUGAUUACAUUAACGCCAAUUACGUUCCUGGUCACAAUUCGCCGAGGGAAUUUAUAGUCACGCAAGGUCCAUUGCAUUCAACUAGGGACGAUUUUUGGAGAAUGGUUUGGGAGAGUAACAGUCGAGCGAUUGUGAUGCUGACUCGUUGCAUUGAGAAGGGAAGAGAGAAAUGCGAUCACUAUUGGCCAGUUGAUACUCUUCCGGUUUAUUACGGCGACAUAUGUGUAACAAUUUUGAAUGACUCUCACUAUCCCGAUUGGAGUAUUACCGAAUUCAUGCUCUGCCGGGGCGAUUCAAAGCGAGUCAUUCAACACUUCCACUUUACAACAUGGCCAGACUUUGGUGUUCCUAGUCCACCGCAAACAUUGGCGAGGUUCGUUCGGGCAUUUAGAGAACGUGUUCGUCCCGAUCAGAGGCCAAUUGUCGUGCAUUGCAGUGCUGGCGUUGGACGUAGUGGUACAUUCAUAACACUAGACAGGAUAUUGCAACAAAUUUUAGUCUCGGACUAUGUCGAUAUUUUUGGUAUUGUCUGGGCAAUGAGGAAGGAGAGAGUUUGGAUGGUGCAAACCGAGCAGCAGUAUAUUUGCAUUCAUCAGUGUUUGCUGGCAGUUUUGGAGGGACAGGAUACCACGGGACCACCUCGGGAAAUUCACGAUAAUCAAGGUUUCGAGGGAAAGAAUCGAAGUUCAGUCGAAAAUGCUAAGAGUCCAGGGGACGAUGAAAAGGAGAGGUGACCUUCGAACUGCGAAAACUACUCCGAUGAUGACGAGGGAAUCGCUGAGUCAGGGAUGUGAUAACAUUUUUUGAAAAAGCUGAUUUAAUUCAGUCACAAGACAAGAAGGAGUAAAUCACAGAUUUAUUCGGAAAGACGCCAAUGUUGAAGAGAGAAGAAAAAAAGAGGAGGGAAGAUGAGAAGAGACAUUGCGGCGGAAUGCGGAUUAAUGAAAAUUUUCUUCUGUAAGGACAGGAAAGAAAAUGGAUUUUGAUAAGAGAAGAGUCGAAAAAGGGAAGUGGGAUUUUUUUUUGAAAAUGUAUAGCGAGAGAA